CACGCGAGAUAACGCGGCGUGGGUUGGCGGUUAGGUGCUGUGCGGCGCGGCGGUGGCGGGGCCCGCUGCUGAGCGCGGUGCCGCGGGAGGAACCCAGCUCCCGGGCAGCGGCUGCCCGGGGAAUGAUUUCGGUCGGCACCGACAUGGCUGCGGCCCUGCGGUCUGUGGGCGCCCUCCUCCGCGAUCGACUGCAUGGCAGCUCAAGGGCCCGUCAGCCGUGGAGGUGCCAGUUGAAUGCAGCCACAGCGGCAGGAGCGUCAGAAACAGCCCAACGUGCCAGAAGCCCCAAACCGCAAGUUCAACCUGGGGAAAGAAAGCCGAAAACAGGAAUAUUAAUGCUGAACAUGGGAGGCCCUGAAACCCUUGGAGAAGUUCAUGACUUCCUUCUGAGGCUCUUCUUGGACCGAGACCUCAUGACACUUCCUAUUCAAAAUAAGCUGGCACCAAUCAUCGCCAAACGCCGAACCCCCAAAAUUCAGGAGCAAUACCGCAGAAUUGGAGGCGGAUCCCCCAUCAAGAUGUGGACUUCCAAGCAAGGAGAAGGCAUGGUAAAGCUGCUGGACGAGUUGUCCCCACACACCGCCCCUCACAAAUACUAUAUUGGAUUCCGGUAUGUCCAUCCUUUAACAGAAGAAGCAAUUGAAGAGAUGGAGAGAGAUGGGCUUGAAAGGGCUAUUGCUUUCACACAGUAUCCACAGUACAGCUGCUCUACCACAGGCAGCAGCUUAAAUGCCAUUUACAGAUACUACAAUGAAGUGGGAAAGAAGCCUGCGAUGAAGUGGAGCACUAUUGACAGGUGGCCCACACAUCCCCUUCUCAUUCAGUGCUUUGCAGACCACAUUCUGAAAGAACUGGACCAUUUUCCACAUGAGAAGAGAAGCGAGGUGGUCAUUCUUUUUUCUGCUCACUCACUGCCGAUGUCUGUGGUCAACAGAGGGGAUCCCUAUCCUCAGGAGGUGGGUGCCACUGUGCAGAGAGUCAUGGAUAAGCUGGGUUACUCCAACCCCUACCGACUGGUUUGGCAGUCCAAGGUUGGUCCUAUGCCCUGGCUGGGUCCUCAAACAGACGAGACUAUCAGAGGACUUUGUGAGAGGGGAAGGAAGAAUAUCCUUUUGGUUCCAAUUGCGUUUACCAGCGAUCACAUUGAAACACUGUAUGAACUGGAUAUCGAAUACUCACAAGUUCUAGCCAAAGAGUGUGGAGCUGAAAACAUCAGAAGAGCAGAGUCUCUUAAUGGAAAUCCAUUGUUCUCUAAGGCCCUGGCAGAUUUGGUGCACUCACACAUCCAGUCCAACGAGCUGUGCUCCAAGCAGUUGACUCUGAGUUGUCCGCUCUGUGUGAAUCCUGUCUGCAGGCAGACUAAAUCCUUCUUCACCAACCAGCAGCUGUGACCCCGCAGAGGACCCUUGGGAUUAGGCAAAUGCCCAACCUCCAGAUACCUCCGACAUGGAGGAGGACAUAUUUAGAGAUCAAGGAAGGAAGUGACAUUAGUAUAUGUGCGGACUUUGGGCACAAAUUGUGUGAUUUCUUGACGAACAGACUCUGAAAUCCUUAUUGAGGCUUUUCUGUUUUAUAUACUGAAACAGUAAGCAUUUAUAGUCACUUGCUCUGGGCAAAGAGACUACUUUGGAAUGUCCACUAGGCUAUUUUAAAAAGGAGUUUUAAAAAUUUAUCUUAUGAGAUGCACGUGUAUUUUAAAUACAGAUUUUGUUUUUUAUUACCUAAAAAACCUCCUGCAAGGGUACAGAAUCCCCUCCGUGAGCUGUCAUUAUGAAUAUGUUUACAGUCUCAUGCAUAUAGGUUUUUUUUAUGUGAACACAGCUGAGUAAACGAGAUAUAGCUUGAAGCAGAAGUGUUACCUAACCUUUCCUAAGCUGUGGGCCACAGAAUGCCGGUGAGCGGUGGGGUUGCUUGCAGUGGUUGCUUUUGCCAGUGCUGUCACCAUUUUGGUACUUGUGUAUGAGCCGCACUUUCCUCACCAUCAAACCAAAUCGAGUACAGAUUUCAAAAGUGCUUUGAGAUUCCCAGGCACACAAGGCUGAUAGACGUGUGGAAGUCCAGCGUGUGUCGUACCCGCCCGGGGGGGAAGCUGUGGAGCGCAGCCUGGGGCCUCCCGCUGCUCCCUGCCUCCAAGGACAAGGAUGCCGGGCCUCGUCUGCAGAGCUCCUCCCAGGACCCCAGCGAGCUUUCCAUUGAGCAUCUUUCUUUUGGUUGAAUGUCUCCUUUCUGCAUAUUUGUUUGAAGAAUUAUAAAGUCAACUGUGUUUUGUAAGCUUGGAUUCUUUCUUCAUUUAUAAUUUUUUAUUAUAAAAAUUAUAUAACAUGCUAUAGGAACUUUGAAAAAUAAAGAAAAGACAACUAACCACUCUAAUGCAAUAGCUAUUAACGAUAUUGUGUUUCACGUCAGCCUUUUCCUUUCCUGUGGAUAUUUUUGAUGCCACUGUAACCUUGAGUUUGUGAGUGAAAAGGUGUUCCAAAAUGUACAAGUACUGCAGGAUCAGAAUCUGAUCUUCCAUGCUUGGGUUUGAAUGGAUUAAAAAGUCUCUGAUGGAUCCAUAA